AUGAGUGAGAAACCGAUCGUUAUUGUCGAAGCCGGCAUAUCUGGCCUCUCUGCUGCGCGUCUUCUUAAGCAACGUGGAAUGCCGUGCGUCGUUUUCGAGCAGUCUACUCAGGAGAAGAGCCAGGGCUACGCCAUUACUGUCCGCGAUUGGGCUUUCGAACCCCUACUCGAUGGAAUCGGAGGUGUUUUGGUCAGUGAUUUCCAAAAGGGCGUGGCUGUUGAUAGAGAACUCGGAGGUACUGGCUGGGUAGACUUGACGUUCCGCAACAACGGGACUGGCGAAACUCUUUUCAAUCCUCAAAAGUCUCAGAAAAGCAACAGAGUCUCUCUGUUCCGGGCUAACAGGAGUGUUCUGAGAGACUGGUUGGGCAGAGGAGUGGAUAUACGAUAUGGUUACAAACUGAAAGCGAUUGAAGGGGGGCCGGGCAAUGUCAAAGCCAUCUUCGAGAAUGACGAAGAGAUUGAAGGCUCCAUGUUGAUAGCUGCAGAUGGAGUAAAUUCUGGUGUUCGUCAGUCUCUGCUCCCAAAAGUUCAAGUUCAAUCGCCACCAGUGAUUCUUUUCCACGGAAAAAGGCGAAUGAAAGUGGCAGAAUGGCAUGAACUUUGGAGCACUCACAUCGGCGAGUCCACGAUCGGCGCAGGAGUUGGCGAUAAUUUCAAUACGUUCGUGACGGUUGCGAACGCCACCAAAGAAGGGUCGAUCGAUCUGGAUUGGACAUACUCGCGCAGUCAAAAUGGUGAAAGCGACCCAUUGUGGAUGCCAGAUCGCGGUGAGAUGCUGAAGGUGCCUCAAAAUCUUUUGAAAGAAAUCCGGAGCAAAGACCUUGUCCCACCUUUCUCGAUAUUGGUCAAUGCCGAUGACAUAAAGAAAAGCAAUGUCUACAAUUGGCGCAUCUGGGCACUUCAAGUGCAGAGAAAAGAGCUAGACAAGGCCGCCAAAUUGGGGGCCGUGUUCAUCGGUGAUGCUGUUCAUGCUAUGCCAAUCUUUGGCGGCGAGGGUGGUAAUCAUGCUAUUCUUGACGCAGUGGAGCUCGUUGCAACGAUAGCUGAGAAGAAAGCUGGCUUCUCUGAUAUCAAUGUCACUGACAUCACCCAAAGCUUCUAUGAUGUAGCAUAUCAAAGAGGACAAGGAGCUGUAAAUCGCUUCCUACAGCGGUUUUCGCAAUUUCAUCAGCCAAUGGGUAGUUGGAAGAAGAUAGUGGAGAUGGCAACAAAGAGCGGAAAUAGCUCGAGUGAGACAGUGUAA